AUGUAUUAUCCAGGAAUGAAAAUUUCUUAAGAAUAGCAGAAUAGGAAAUGUGUAGAUGAAAAAUGUUAGUUUUCUCUUAAUCCUAAUGAUUUUAUGUUAUAUGGUCAUGAAUAAAUUUUACCAGAAUAAGAAUUCAUUUAAUUGGGUUAAUUCAUUAAGGAUGGCAAAACAGACAUAAAUAUGGCAAUUCUUGAGAAGAUUAAAAAAGAGCUUGAGAAAUUUUUGUUGAAUAAAUAGGCUUUUGAAAAUUUGAUAACGAAGAUUUAUGAAGUAAUUGAAAAUCAUAUUUUGAAAGUUUAUAAUGUAAGGUAAGGAGAAAAAAUUUUAUAGAGAUUUUUAAUUUGAAAUUUAUUUAAUUGAAACUUAAUAAAUUGAAGAGUUGACUUAAAUGGAUAUUGAUUUAAUUAAGUUAAUUAUUAAUCAUUGUUAGAUUUUAAUUCAAUAUUUUGAAGAGAUUUUAAUUAUGAUUGGAUUAUCAGAGAAUGGUGCUGAUUUUUUGGAAGAAGCAGUUUUUAUGUUGUGGUAAUGUCUUUGUGAAAAAUUUGAUGAAAGACUUUAGAUUUAAGAAAAAGAAUUAGAAAAUAAUUUAAAAUAAUCUGAUAAAUAUAUUUUGUAUAAGUAGUAGUUAUGCAUCCAAUAAUUAUUAGUAUUAUGAGUAAUUCUUAUCAAAAGUUGAAAAGUUGGAUGAAAGAUUAAAGCAGUAAUUCAAAAAGUAAUUUAAUAUUCCCACUAACUAAAGAAAUUUUAUAAACUGUUGAUGAAAUUAUGUUAAAAUCUAAAGAAACUGAUAAAAUUUUAGAUUACAUAAAAAAUCAAGUUCCAUAAAUUGAAAAAUAUAUUAAUUAGUAUAUACAAAAAAUGAAAGUGGAUUUAUUAAAUGCAAAUCUGAAAUAAAAAUUAUUCUUGAAAGUUUAUUGGAAAAAAUAAAGAAACUAUAAUAUCUUUUUAAAAAUUCUACAAUGUUUAAUAGUGCUUUAAUUAAAGAGUGUUAUCACCUUAAUAGAAAUAAGAAUAAUCAAAAAUUGUAUUUGAUAUCUUGAUUAAUUUUUUUUUGAAUAAAAAAUCAAAAUACAUAAAUUGUUUAAAAUACGACUUUUAAGGUAUAUUUGAAGAUUUGGAAAAAUUGAAUUCAGAUUAGAUAGAUGUAAAUGUGAAAGGUCAAAAUGAAAAUGCUGAUGCUCUAUUUGAUGAAAUUGAAGUAGCACCUGCUUUUCUUUACUUUUUUGAAUUAUUGAUNGUAGAUGAAAAAUGUUAGUUUUCUCUUAAUCCUAAUGAUUUUAUGUUAUAUGGUCAUGAAUAAAUUUUACCAGAAUAAGAAUUCAUUUAAUUGGGUUAAUUCAUUAAGGAUGGCAAAACAGACAUAAAUAUGGCAAUUCUUGAGAAGAUUAAAAAAGAGCUUGAGAAAUUUUUGUUGAAUAAAUAGGCUUUUGAAAAUUUGAUAACGAAGAUUUAUGAAGUAAUUGAAAAUCAUAUUUUGAAAGUUUAUAAUGUAAGGUAAGGAGAAAAAAUUUUAUAGAGAUUUUUAAUUUGAAAUUUAUUUAAUUGAAACUUAAUAAAUUGAAGAGUUGACUUAAAUGGAUAUUGAUUUAAUUAAGUUAAUUAUUAAUCAUUGUUAGAUUUUAAUUCAAUAUUUUGAAGAGAUUUUAAUUAUGAUUGGAUUAUCAGAGAAUGGUGCUGAUUUUUUGGAAGAAGCAGUUUUUAUGUUGUGGUAAUGUCUUUGUGAAAAAUUUGAUGAAAGACUUUAGAUUUAAGAAAAAGAAUUAGAAAAUAAUUUAAAAUAAUCUGAUAAAUAUAUUUUGUAUAAGUAGUAGUUAUGCAUCCAAUAAUUAUUAGUAUUAUGAGUAAUUCUUAUCAAAAGUUGAAAAGUUGGAUGAAAGAUUAAAGCAGUAAUUCAAAAAGUAAUUUAAUAUUCCCACUAACUAAAGAAAUUUUAUAAACUGUUGAUGAAAUUAUGUUAAAAUCUAAAGAAACUGAUAAAAUUUUAGAUUACAUAAAAAAUCAAGUUCCAUAAAUUGAAAAAUAUAUUAAUUAGUAUAUACAAAAAAUGAAAGUGGAUUUAUUAAAUGCAAAUCUGAAAUAAAAAUUAUUCUUGAAAGUUUAUUGGAAAAAAUAAAGAAACUAUAAUAUCUUUUUAAAAAUUCUACAAUGUUUAAUAGUGCUUUAAUUAAAGAGUGUUAUCACCUUAAUAGAAAUAAGAAUAAUCAAAAAUUGUAUUUGAUAUCUUGAUUAAUUUUUUUUUGAAUAAAAAAUCAAAAUACAUAAAUUGUUUAAAAUACGACUUUUAAGGUAUAUUUGAAGAUUUGGAAAAAUUGAAUUCAGAUUAGAUAGAUGUAAAUGUGAAAGGUCAAAAUGAAAAUGCUGAUGCUCUAUUUGAUGAAAUUGAAGUAGCACCUGCUUUUCUUUACUUUUUUGAAUUAUUGAUUAAAGAAUAACUUGAGAAGAUAUAAGAUUUAAAGGUUGAAAUAAAUUUUCUUAAUUUAGAAGCUGAAUUCAAUAAAAUAAGAUAUGAAAUGACUGGAUGUUUAGUAAAAUGUCUUUUUUGUAAUAGAAAAUGUGAUCGUGAUAUUAGAGAUUUAAAUCAUAAACAUGAAUGUUGUUAGGGACAUUUUUUAAAAGGUAUCUAUUUUAGUAAUAUAAUCAUAGGAUUUUAAUAAGUAUAAUAAAAAUAAUUUAAUUCAGAAAAUAGUCCAUCUAUUUAAACAUGCAAUGAAAUAAAAAAUGAUUUUAAAGUUCAAAGACUUGGGUAAGUAUAGUAAUGGGAGUAAAUCAAACAAGAGAAUACAAAUUGGUCAUUUAAUUCCUAAACAUAAGAAUCGUAAUAAUUUAAAAAUUUACAAUUAAAUGCAUGGAAUGAAGGAGUUGGGAAGAUAGUAUCAUAAACUAUUUCAAAAAGAACUAAUAAGAAAAUCAAUUUAAUAAAUGCACAAAAUGAUAAUAUUUAUUAGGAUUCUAAUCGUUUUAUAUUUAUACUUGAUGAUUCAGGAAGUAUGCAAGGAUAAAAAUGGCUAAAUAUAAGAUAAGGAGCAAUAGGAGUGAUGAAUCUAAUAGCAGCCUAAUAAUCAAAAGCAAAAUCUUCUGUAAUUAUAUUUAAUUCUACUGCCAGAUUGGUUUUGGAUUAAUAAUUCAUUAAUACUUCAAUUUAAUCACAAUACAUUAAAUAAUAAGGUGGAGGUACAGACUAUGACUAUGCAUUCUCUAUGUGUUAUGAUCAAAUCAUCAAAAAUUUCGAAUAUGAUGGGUAUAAUUUAAAAUGAUAUUUAGAUUUUCUAUUUAAUUUUAUACUGAUGGAGAAGCUAGUGUACUUGAUGUUGCAAUAAGUAAGUUGAGAUCACUUCCAGAAGAAAUGUAAUAUUAAUCAUUAAACUUAGUAACUGAAACACAAUAACCUGGAGUAUUUCAAUAAAUUUAAAUUUCUUUACAAGGC